AUGGCCGCGCGGUCUGAGGCGUGGGCUUUGUGCCGCUUGAUCGCUGGGACCGAAGAAGAACUACGGUGUUCUGGUGAUCCGAAGUUCUCGCAUCUCAGCGACGACCUGCACAUCGAGAUCACGGCCUUUGCUCCGCCAGCGGAAGCACACGCGAGAAUUGCCUACGCCCUGGCGGAAGUGCGUAGGUUCUUAGUUCCGGAUUACAACGACGAGAUUCGUCAGGAGCAGAUGUGGGAGAUACACAUCCUGAAGACGCAGCGCUGUGGCAGGGGCGAGCUGCUGCCUGUGGGGGACAGCACCGCCAGUUCCAGCAGCACAGGGAGCAUGUCACCCUGCACUCCGCCACUUCCAGUGGCCGCAGAGUCGCCGCCUCCGACUCUCCCCACAAGUCACGGGCUAGUUCUCGCUCCCCAGCACCCCGCCCUCAGAGGUGUCGAACCCAGGACAUCCAUCGCUGGAGCAACUGUGCCGUCAGUAGGAGCUGGUAGCGGUCCACCCACACAACUUUUGUGUCGCAAGCGACCUCUACUUCCUGGGGGCGGCACACGCCUCGCCAUGUCGCCCACGAAACGCACAGUUCUGUCUAUACUGGCUCGUGCGAGGGCGGCGCAAGCCAAGGACCUGCCCGAGUAUCACCACAUCACAAACGGGAGGAAAACUGGCAUCCCGGCAAUGCGUGAAGAUGCCAUCCCGGGCGGCAAUUUAGUAUAAAACUCCGGCAGCUAGAAGUUAAUUAAGGGGACACUGAAAUGACUGGAAGACGUGGCACUUCGAUUAAACCUGCAGCCCCUCAUCGAAGCUAUUACGAAACGUGAGGACAAUCUUAGUAAUGAAACAGGACACCAGGCGGCAGUUUUGAACACAACAGAAGAUUAAAAUGGAGCGUCCCACGUCAUAUCCUUCACGUUUAUCUUCUACACACCAGCAUUUAUUCAUGAUAUCACACACAUCAUGAUUUUAACACAUACGCAAACUACAGAUAAUUUGUGGUGUAAUGUGCUGUGUAGACCAGCGAUUCCUUUUUCCAGCUUUGUGCGAUCUCACAGAGCUACGUGAAAAUCCAACGACAAAAGCCAUUCAUUAAUUAACGCUGACGAAGCUUGUAAAUUUCAUUUUCCAUAAAUGAAAUCGUAAAACUAAUUUAUUCCUUAAAAUGUUUAAUGCAAUUCGUCUAUUAUGACAACACUUCAUAUAAACAAAAUUUAUUUCCAAAGAUGUCUGUCUUUGGGUUAUAGCGCCAUGUAAUCUGAUAGAA